CGACCUCCAAAUGCACCGGGUACAAGCAAAGGACCAAAUCAGAAGGUACCCGUACUUUCGGCUGCAACAUUGAAUCUUGCAGACUUUGCUUCAGUAGCUGGAGAUAAACAAGAGGGCAUUGAAAUUUUCAUUCCUUUGGAAGUCUUUGUUGGCAGCUUCAAGAGUUGCCUUUCACUCUAUCUAGUGCUCAACCUUGUGGAAUUGAGGAACAGUCACGAAGCUUCAGAGACAUUUCCGAAGUUUAUCAUGUUUGCUCCGGUAUCUCCGAACCCUGGAAAGGCUUUGUUGACAGACAGAAAUGGGGGUGGUUCUUUAAAAGCAGGUCUGCAAAAGUUUAAAUUUUUGAAAGUAAUAUCUUCUAGGCGACACAAGAAGGCAUAUCAUGCAGAGGAAGGAAGCAGCAGUGAUGGAAGGAACUCAGUUAGAAGUGAGGAUCCCGAUUAUGUUUAUCCUAUGGAUACAGAUUCACUUGAUGAGGAUUCGGAAGGAGAAUCUGAGGAAGGAAAAGAGGAUACAAGUGUUCAAAAGUUAUUCAGUUAUGAAGCACUCGUCUAUACAAACCAUGCUGGUGGAUUCAGUUAUGAAGCACUCGUCUAUGCAAACCAUGCUGGUGGAUCAUUUUGUUCAAAUAUAAGCGGCAGCAGCAGUGACGAGGAUUUAGUCCACUACAGCCAUCAUAUAUCAGACACAAGGCACAAGUACCCUGAGGAUACAACUGCAGCAAAUCAAUCUGCAGAGUAGAGUUCAAAACGUAGUCUUCUUUCCUGGAGGAAGAGGAAGUUGAGUUUCAAAUCUCCUAAAACCAAGGGGGAGCCAUUGUUGAAGAAACAUUAUGGAGAGGAUGGUGGAGACGAUAUAGACUUUGAUCACCGACAGCUUUGCUCAUCCGACAAGU